AUGCUCUGUGCUAGGUUAAAAGAAGAGUUACCUGGAUUGAUCAGUGAAAAUCAAGGUCUGUUUGUGAGUGGAAGAUCUAUCAUUGAUAAUAUCUUGAUCUUCCAAGAUAUGCUUAAGGAGUAUAACUGUAAGGGGAGGCCACCAAGGUGUACUAUAAAGGUGGACCUUAGAAAGGCUUAUGACUCUAUAAGUUGGGAUUUCAUUGCUGAAAUGCUAAGAGCUCUAAACUUUCCUGAGGUUUUUAUUGGGUGGGUGAUGCAAUGUGUGAUGACUCCUUCAUUUUCUUUAAUAUUGAAUGGUGGGCUGCAUGGAUACUUUAAAGGGAAGAUAGAUGAUUUAAUGCUAUUUGCCUAUGGGAAUAAGAAGUAUAUUUCUCUUUUAAUCCAAGCUCUCAAAGCCUUUGAACAUUGUUCAGGUUUACAAGCAAAUUCUAAAAAGACAGAUGUUUACUUUGGCUGUGUUCCAAAGACUAUUCAGCAAGGAAUCCUGGAGUUUUCUUGGUUUGUGCAAGAUUCAUUGCUGGAGCAGCAGGCAUCUUUAUUAUACUACAAGAGAUUUGUUGGUGAAUUCAAUUCUUAUGAGCCUGCACACAUAUUGGGCCUAGGUUCUGCACACUUAAUGUGA